CCAGGGUCCCAAGUUAACAUUAAAAAAUUCAAAAUUAAAAAGAAAUUAUAUACCCAAUGGGAAUUGAAAAGCUAUCCGGGUCUAUUUGUUUUUGAGCAGACAUACACAGGGAACAUAUUGAUUGCUGUCAAUCCAUUCCGAAGACUGCCCCACUUGUAUGACGUCCACAUGAUGGAGCAGUACAAGGGAGCAGCAUUUGGGGAGCUUAGCCCUCAUUUGUUUGCUGUUGCUGAUGCAUGCUACAGAGCCAUGAUCAAUGAGCAAGGCAGUCAAUCAAUUUUGGUAAGUGGAGAGAGUGGAGCUGGUAAAACAGAAACCACAAAAAUGCUUAUGAGAUACCUUGCAUUCAUGGGUGGUCGAUCGGGGACAGAGGGAAGGACAGUAGAGCAACAGGUUCUAGAGUCAAACCCUGUUCUUGAAGCAUUUGGGAAUGCCAAAACUGUCAAGAAUAACAACUCCAGUCGUUUUGGUAAAUUUGUUGAACUCCAAUUCGACAUGUACGGAAAGAUUUCCGGGGCUGCAGUCCGAACAUAUCUUCUUGAACGCUCUCGUGUCUGCCAAGUCUCCGAUCCUGAGAGGAAUUACCAUUGCUUCUACAUGCUCUGUGCUGCACCGCCUGAGGAUGUAAAGAAAUUCAAAGUGGCAGACCCCAGAUCAUUUCAUUAUCUAAACCAGACAAACUGUUACGAAGUAGCAAAUGUGAAUGAUGCCAGGGAGUAUUUGGAGACAAGAAAUGCCAUGGAUGUCGUGGGAAUCAGCCCGGAAGAACAGGAUGCAAUAUUCCGAGUUGUGGCGGCAAUUCUGCACCUUGGCAAUGUAGAAUUUGCAAAAGGAAAGGAAAUUGAUUCUUCUGCUCCAAAAGAUGAUAAAGCAAUCUACCAUCUUCAAACUGUUGCAGAGCUCUUGAUGUGUGAUGUAAAUGCCCUAGAGGAUUCUCUCUGCAAGAGAGUAAUUGUAACACGAGAUGGGAACAUAACGAAACUUCUCGACCCCGAAGCAGCUGCUUUGAACCGUGAUGCAUUAGCAAAGACUAUCUACUCCAGGCUAUUCGACUGGAUAGUGGACAAAAUCAACAUCUCUAUCGGACAGGACCCUAAUGCAGCCAGCUUGAUAGGAGUUCUCGAUAUCUAUGGCUUUGAGAGUUUCAAAAUUAACAGCUUUGAGCAGCUCUGCAUCAACCUAACAAAUGAAAAGCUGCAACAGCAUUUCAACCAGCAUGUAUUUAAGAUGGAACAGGAGGAGUACACGAGAGAAGAGAUCAACUGGAGCUACGUUGAGUUCAUAGAUAAUCAGGAUGUAUUGGAUCUUAUAGAGAAGAAACCAGGAGGAAUAAUCGCUCUUCUUGAUGAAGCCUGUAUGUUCCCAAAAUCCACUCAUGAAACAUUUGCACAAAAGAUGUACCAAACAUAUAAAGGCCACAAGCGAUUCAGCAAACCUAAACUUGCCCGUACAGAUUUCACUAUCAACCAUUAUGCUGGUGAUGUGACUUAUCAGGCAGAUCAAUUUCUUGACAAAAACAAGGAUUAUGUUGUAGCCGAGCAUCAGGCAUUGUUGAAUGCAUCUACAUGUCCGUUUGUUGCCAACCUCUUUCCUCCAUCACCAGAGGAAUCUUCAAAAUCAUCCAAAUUCUCAUCUAUUGGGACUCGCUUCAAGCAACAACUGCAAGCUCUUAUGGAGACCUUGAGUACAACAGAACCACACUAUAUCAGAUGUGUGAAACCAAACACUGUCCUAAAGCCAGGCAUUUUUGAAAAUUUUAAUGUACUAAACCAGCUAAGAUGUGGGGGAGUUCUGGAGGCAAUCAGAAUAAGUUGUGCAGGUUAUCCUACAAAGAGAACUUUCGAUGAGUUUCUUGACCGUUUUGGAAUGCUUGCUCCAGAUUUACCAGAUGGUUUGGAUGAGAAGACAGCAUGUGUGGCCAUUUGUGACAGAAUGGGCUUGCAGGGCUACCAGAUAGGAAAAACAAAGGUGUUUCUAAGAGCAGGGCAGAUGGCCGAACUAGAUGCUCGAAGAAUUGAAGUAUUAGCAAAUGCCGCACGGCUCAUCCAACGCCAAAUACGGACACAUCUCACUCAAAAAGAAUUCAUUGCCUUACGCAGAGCCACAAUUCAUUUGCAAAAAAUAUGGAGAGGUAUAUCCCAUCAUUCAAUAUGUAUUUGUAUGUCCCUUUUUCUAGUCAAUUUGGAUGGAAAUACUCUCGUAAUUCAUCCAUACGAACUUUUUUUUUCCCUUUUGGAUACUGCAGCACAGCUUGCUCGUAAACUUUAUGAACUUAUGAGAAGGGAAGCUGCUUCACUACGCAUACAGAAACAUGCACGCACUCAUAAAGCCAGAAAGGAAUAUACAGAACUACGUGCAUCUGCUGUAGUUAUUCAAACAGGAUUGCGUGCCAUGGCAGCCCAUAAUGAAUAUCGGUUCAGAAGAAGAACCAAGGCUGCUAUAAUUGUUCAGACUCGAUGGCGAAGAUUCCAAGCUCUUUCAGCUUAUAAGAGGCAAAAGAAAACUACCCUCACUCUUCAAUGCCUUUGGAGAGGAAGAGUGGCAAGAAAAGAGCUGCGGAAACUCAGAAUGGCUGCCAGGGAAACAGGAGCACUCAAAGAAGCAAAGGACAAGCUGGAGAAGCGUGUUGAGGAGCUCACAUGGCGGUUGGACAUUGAAAAGCAUAUGAGGAUUGAUCUUGAAGAAGCGAAAGCACAAGAGAUUGCAAAGCUUCAAUCUGCUUUGCAAGAAAUGCAAGAGCGAUUGGAUGAGGCCAAUUCCAUGAUCAUAAAAGAAAUGGAAGCAGCAAAACUAGCAAUUGCCCAGGCACCCCCAGUUAUAAAAGAGGUGCCAGUUGUGGAUAAUUCCAAGAUAGACUUGCUGACCCACCAGAAUGAGGAGCUAAAGGUUGAGCUAAAUGAAGUGAAAAAGAAAAAUGAGGAUAUUGAGAAAAGAUAUUCUGAAAUACAAGAACAGAGUGAAGAAAGUCUACAAGUUGCAGCAGAAGCACAGUCAAGAGUUCAUGAGCUUGAAGAGUCUAUACAAAGGCUAGAAGCAAACUUGUCCAACUUGGAAACAGAGAACCAGGUUCUGCGUCAGCAAGCUCUGGAAGCAUCAAAAAAUGAUGAUCUCUCUGAGGAAAACAAAAUACUCAAAGACAAGAUCUCGAAAUUAGAGUCAGAGAAUCAGAUGCUCCGCGAUCAGACUGCAGCAUUACCAAUGACAGUUCCUACUAAACAGUUAGAGCCCCCACUUACUCAGGUGGUGCAAAGUCUGGAAAAUGGACAUGAAGUCAUUGAGGAUCACAAGGUAGAAAAAGAAGUGUUGCCUCCCGUGCCCCCACUUAACAAACAGAAAUCACUGACUGACAGGCAGCAAGAAAACCAUGAUACUCUUAUCAAAUGCCUAAUGGAGGAUAAGAGAUUUGACAAGAACAGGCCUGUCGCAGCAUGCAUCGUCUAUAAAUCACUGCUUCAGUGGAGAUCAUUUGAAGCAGACAAGACCAACAUCUUCGAUCGCAUCAUUCACGCAAUCAGGUCAUCUGUUGAGAAUCAAGAUAAUGUUGUAGAUCUUGCUUAUUGGCUUUCAACCACAUCCACGCUUCUGUUCCUUCUGCAAAAUACCCUCAAGGCCAGCAAUACGCCCAACAUGGCUUCACAGAGGGGUCGUAUUUCAUCUCUGACCUUAUUUGGCAGGAUGGCACAAGGUUUCCGAUCUUCACAAACAGCUCUGGGAAUUUCAAGUGGGUACAGUGGAAUGAUAGGGAAGCCAGAUGUGUCAUCCAGAGUGGAAGCCAAGUAUCCUGCUCUCUUGUUCAAGCAGCAACUCACAGCAUACGUCGAGAAAAUCUAUGGGAUGAUCCGAGAUACUUUGAAAAAAGAGAUUACCCCAUUUUUGAAUAUGUGCAUACAGGCACCAAGAUCUACGCGGGCUAGAACAAUAAGGGGGUCAUCCAGAAGUAUCCAGGCAAGCAUCGCAGCAAAACAAGCAUCAAGCAUACACUGGCAAAGCAUCGUGAAGAGCAUGAACAAUACGUUGGACAUAAUGCAUGAAAACCAUGUGCCUUCCAUGAUUGUACGAAAGAUGUACAGCCAGAUAUUGGGGUACAUAAAUGUGCAGCUUUUCAACAGCUUACUUCUGCGCCGUGAGUGCUGCUCUUUUAGUAACGGAGAAUAUGUCAAAGCAGGAUUGCUAGAACUCGAACAAUGGUGCUCAAAGGCAACAGAAGAAUUUGUUGGCACGUCCUGGGAUGAACUUCAGCACAUCCGUCAGGCUGUAGGAUUUCUGGUUGCACAUCAAAAGCCUCAGAAAUCACUGGACGAGAUCGCAAAAGAACUCUACCCAGUGUUGAGCAUACCACAAAUUUAUCGAAUAGGUACCAUGUUCUGGGAUGACAAAUACGGCACACAGGGUCUAUCUCCUGAAGUUAUAAGCAAGAUGAGAGCUCUAAUGGCAGAAGAAUCAGCAAGCAUGCCCAGUGAUUCAUUCCUACUGGAUGAUGAUUCAAGCAUACCAUUUUCGCUGGAAGACAUAUCUCGAUCUGUAUUGGACAUAAGCUUAUCAGAGGUGGAGCCCCCGCCAUUGCUGCGCCACAACUCCGCGUUUCACUUCUUGCUGCAGCGUGCAGAGUGACCCAACUCUCUCUCUCUCUCUAGAAUUUGUAGUAUUCGUUCGCGCUCACUCUCUCUCUA